AUGGCCAGAUCCAUUGUGGAGGAGCUCUUUCCGCGCAUGUCGGAUCACAUAGAGGAGGUCCAUUGCCUGAUCCCACCGCUACAACAGGCCCACAUCGAGGAGGUGACUCUCGAAGAAAUCGCUAUUGCAGCCAGGAGCAUUGGCCCGAACAAGGCACCGGGGCCGGAUAUGUACUUCAUACUCGCCUUUCCCUGCGCCCGGAAAUCUUCGCAAGCCGCCAGGAUAGCGUCAUCGUUUAGGCCAAUCUGCUUGAUCGACUCAGCGGGCAAACUGCUCGAGAAAGUGGUAUGCUCGCGACUAGAACGAGCCAUCGCGGAGGCUGGCGACCUAUCACUGCAUCAAUACGGUUUUCGCAAGGCCAGAUCCACGACUGACGCCGUGGGUAGAGUGGUAGACAUUACAUCUAGGGCAAUCGCCCGCACUCUGGUGGAAAGGCGGCUGCAAGGAGUACUGCCUAAUGGCCACGCUGGACAUCAGGAACGCCGCAUGGUACGAAACUACUUUGAGGAAAGGCUGCUCUUGUACGACACUCAGGCCGGCACGGAACAAUACGAGGUAUCUGGAGGCGUUCCGCAGGGGUCGGUACUGGGUCCCUUACUGUGGAACGCAAUGUACGACGGCAUUCUGCGACUCAGCCUCCCCCACGGAGUGCAUGUGGUGGGCUUUGCGGACGACGUGGCUGUCCUGGUAGUGGCUAAAGACUUGGCCGCAGUAGAGACGACCUGCAACCUGACGAUUGCGCUCAUCCAACAGUGGCUGGAGCUGACACACGACUGUUUUCGAGAGCAUCUGGCCUACAUGAACUCGAAGGCGGCAUCCAGCAACAGAGCUCUGUCAAGGAUGAUGUUGAAUACCCCGAGGACCCAAGCAAUGGCGACGACAUCUACUAUCGAGUGUGACGAGAUCGUCUCGGACGAUGCUGCCCACGUGAUAGCGGGUAUAGCACCGUUUGAGUACCUAGCGGAGGAGCGGUCCACCUACCAUCUGGAUACGCAUGGCAGAGGCAUGGAAGCAGCGGACAAACGGCAGGUGCGCAAGGCUUGCAAGCUGCAGAGCCUCCGGAAGUGGCAACAACGCUGGGAUACGUCCCCUAAAGGUCGAUGGACUCACCAACUCAUCCCAUCCAUCGAAGCGUGGGUUGAUAGGAAGCAUGGCCAGGUCAAUUUCUAUUUGACACAGCUCCUAGCGGCCACGGCUGCUUUCGCAGCUACCUGCAUCGUUUCGGGCAUGAGGACUCAGCAGAGUGCAGCUCCUGUCGUCCCUGCCGCUCCAGUGGCCGAUGCCGCUCGUAUCGCGCAUGCCGCUUCCAUCGCCCAUGCCGCUCGUAUAGUCCAUGCGGUUCCAGUCGUCCAUGCCGCCCCAGUCAUCCAUGCCGCUCGAAUCGCCCAUGCCGCUUCCAUGGUCCGUGCCGCUCCAGUCAUCAAUGCCGCUCCAGUGGUCCAUGCCCCUCCUGACGAUGAUGAGCCAGUGGUGUCCCAUGAGCGUUGGGCUGUGCAGGUGGCCCGCGCCGAGGCCGAGGAAUAA